CCAUGAUAAUCUUGUAUGUUCUUCAAAUUUUUGAAUAAUUCAUUUGUUGAGAAAUAGUUUUCAUUGGACUUGAGGCAAUAAAAUAUGUUUAUGUUUUUUAUUCUUGCGAAUGACUAUGUGUGAUUUUAUUUUAGAUUUCCUAAGUUGCUUAUUUUUAUGAUAGAUGGCAACUAAUGUUGACAUUAGUGACUCAAAACUUUGGCCUGAUUUUGUAACUAAAGCUUUCAUUGACAUUAUGGUUGAUGAAGUUACAAAAGGAAAUAUGCCAAAUGGUGUGUUUCAUAAUAGAACAUGGACCUCAAUGACUACUAAGUUGAGUUCCAUAACUAAUCGAUCAUUUAAAGCCGGACAACUAAAGGCAAAAAUGUAUAGGUUGCGGGCCAUGUAUCGUGAGUUCUAUUCACUCUUGCAAAAUACCGGAUUUGGGUGGAACGCAGAAACAAACACAGUUACUGCAAGUGAAGAGGUCUGGAGAAAUUAUCUUAAGGUACAUGAUAAAGCUUCUCAAUUUCAAAAGAAAGGGUGUGAUCAUUAUAAGUUGUUGGAAAUCAUAUUCAACAAAAAUAAUGCAACUGGAGUACUUCAUCAUUCAUCUACUCAAGACCCUCCAAAUACAGAUGAAGAAAAUGAGCUUGACAAUCAAUACCUUAACAAUGGGAGUGCGAGUCAUGUACGUGUUAAUGGUGAUAGUUCAGACGAUGAUCUACAUGAAGUUGAGCACAUCACACGUAGUGGAAAGAGACAAGUUCAAGUACGAUCCAAGAAAGAGUCUACAUCACAUAUGAUGGGAGAGGCACUUUCGGCAUGGGCUAAAGCAUCUUUGGCAAAAGCUGAGAGGUAUAGGGAUAGGAGUGUGGAGGCUACUUCACGUGUAACAUCAGACUGCUCUCUUACUAAGUGUGUGACUGUUCUGGAUGAGAUGGAAGACAUUCCACAUGAUGCAUAUGGAAAAGUUUUGGAAAAGUUUAUGAAUCCUGAUUGGAGAGAAGUGUUCAUCGCCAUGUCUGUUGAGAGGAAACGUGGAUGGGUACUUAGACUUUAAGGAUAAAGUCUUAAACUUAUGGUGAUAGUAAUGAGACAUACUUCUCUUAGUACUUUGUUUAUUAUUUUUAUGAUUGUGUACUUUGUUCUGUUUGCUGACAAUUGUUUGUGUUUUUAUGCAUUAUUUUGAAUUUUAUAGUUAUGUUAUAAAACCUUUUUAUUGAAUGUACCAUUCUUAAAGUUUUGUUAUUAAAUUGUAUGACAGGUUCUAACCAGAAUUGAUAUUGAUGAAAGUGAUGAUUCUACUUCUGAUGCAAGUGAUGAUGAAUUCGCAAAAUUUCUCUUUAAUAGUAUGAUUUAUAAUUAUCAUCAGAAAUACUUUAACAAAGCAAAGGUGUUGACAUCUUCGUUGACUGGUCGUGAGUUUGUUGCUGAAGUAUUAAAUGGAUCUGGAACAAGUUGUUUUGAUUUAUUUCGAAUGAAGAAAGAAUGUUUUAUUAAUUUCUGUAAUGAAUUGAGGGAGAAGAACUACUUAUGUGACUCAAGAGAUGUGCUUGUUGAAGAGAAGGUUGCUACAUUUUUAUUCAUAAUUGGUCAUAAUGUUCGUCAUAGAGUUGCUUCAAUCCGCUUUCAACAUUCCACUGAAACAAUAUCAUGCAAUUUUAAGGAGGUAUUAAGGGCAGUUUGUCGAUUUGGAAAGGAACUAAUAAAGCAAGAGUCCAAAGAGUUUCCUGAAAGAAUUAAAAAUAAUUCAAAAUACUAUCCUUGGUUUAAGAAUUGCAUAGGUGCGAUUGACGGUACACAUAUCAGUGCAUCGGUUCCUGCAGAAAAACAAAUUUCAUGUAGAGAUAGAAAGGCAACAAUCACACAAAAUGUCAUGUGUGCUUAUGAUUUUAACAUGAUGUUUACGUAUGUAUAUUCGGGAUGGGAAGGAAGUGCACAUGAUUCAAAGAUUCUUUUGGAUGCAAUUACAAAUCAAAAUGCUGAAUUUCCUUGGCCACCUAGAGAUUCCUUUUAUCUCGUUGAUUCUGGGUAUCCAUGUAUUGGAGGUUUUCUUCCCCCUUAUAGGGGUGAAAGGUAUCACGCACAAGAAUAUAGAGGUCAAGGUAGACAACCCAGAAGUCCGGAAGAGUUAUUUAACUAUAGACACUCGUCUCUAAGGAUGACAAUUGAGCGUUGUUUUGGGGUGCUGAAAAAUAGAUUUUCUAUUUUAAAGUUGAUGCCUCCUUAUAAGCCUUCUAGGCAACGACUCAUAGUUAUUGCGUGUUGUGCUAUUCACAAUUACAUACGCAAGUGGAAUUUACCGGACGAGUUGUUUAGGAUAUGGGAAGAAAUGGAUCCUAUCGAACUUGAGGGAAUACAAGAAGGUCCUAUCAUAGAAGGAACAAAUUCCAAUGUCGACAACUUAACAAGGUUAUCUAAUGAAGGUGCAGCUGAAAUGACAAUGAAGAGAAAUCAUAUUAGAGAUGAGAUGUGGGUACACCGUAGCAAUUAAGUGAAUUAAUUAUCUCUAUGUUACAUUUUCAUACAAGCAACUUUGAAUUUUAGUGGUUAUUUCUAAAUACUUAUGUUAGUUUGAUUUCAUA